AUGUGCGCUGUUGGCCUUGCUGGCCUGCACAACCUGACUGGUAACCCCAAGAUGAUGUCUACUGCGCGAGAGAAGUAUGGCUCAGCACUACGACAUACUGGAAAGCUGAUCCGGCCUCCGCAUACACCGAGCAUAGAUGUGACGAUGAGGGCCGUGGUGGCCCUCGCCAUGUUUGAGGUCGUGAAAGGAACGCAUCACUCCACAAGCACCGUACACGCCCACGUUAUGGGCGGAGCUGCGUUGAUGAGAAGCUGGUGUCCCAUGCCUAGUGCUCCUUUUGCAGGCUUCAGAGCCUUAUUGCAGCUUUGCUUCUCAAUGUUCAUUCCUCUACACGUUGCUGGCAUGCCCAUGCCACCGGACUUUUACGACUGGGUUUCUUACGGUUCGCAACUCCAGCUGCCCAUCGACCGACCAUCGACCGACCUAGCCGUUCUGAUUGCUCGAUUCGUUGAAACAUCGUCGAUCAUUCACAAUCAUGUCAUCAGUGAUGGAAAACCGAAGACGGCCAGCGUGAUUCAGCAGCUUCUAGAUCUUGAUAAAGAUUUGGCCUCGUGGGAGAAUGGGCCGGAGGGGGAUUGGAUCUACCGCACCGUCCACGUUACCCAUCUCCCUCCCAAGGCGGUAUUCCAGUGCGAAUACCACAAAUACCAUGACGUCUGGACCGCUCGAAUCUGGAAUUACUACCGAUGGUGCCGAAUUCUAGUCAAUCAGAAUUUGCUGGAUCUGACGAACAAGAAUCCGGUGUCCAGUUUAUCGCUGGUAUCAGCGGCUACGCGGGACAACUUUUUGAACUUGAUUCGACAUUUGGCGAGGGAUAUACUUGUUAGUGCGCCGACACAUUGGCGACAUCCGGCCCUAGACGGACCGGCGCAAAUAACAGUGGAAAGUCCCGGCGGAGGAGGAGCUGGAUCAGCAGGACUGCCGGCGUUGCUCUUCCAUCUAAAAGUGGCGGGCUGCGCUCCUGGCGUGCCCAAAGAAUACUGGGAAUGGGCGUUGGGAAUCAUCCAAACAAUUUGGGGCGACAUGGGGAUGUUGGCCGCACGAUCGAUGAUGGAAGCCAUGCGAGCACACGAAGACACGGUGCUGAGAACUGGGGCAGCUGGAAUUUUGGCAGACGACUGGUAG